AUGCCAUUUCUGCAAGGUUACGUAUAUCCAGUUGAAGACUUACAACCUUUGCACGAUUUACUAAAAGAGUGGAAUUUGGAAUGUACUUAUCAAACUUUACUUGAUGAACUAAUUGACUUGAAAAUUUUGGCAAUUAUGAAAGUUGACUAUCACACUAAUGAACUUUUGAAAAAUUACCCACUUGGCAUUAAAAUAUUAUUUUCUAAUAACUUAGAAAAGUGGCAAAAUUCAAAAAAAUCAUCUUCUAUGACAUCACUGCUUCCAACUACUUUGGACAAAAAACUUUCUCAAGAAAAACUUUCUUCAGCCAUAUCUAUAAAUCUUGGAGAAAUUUUAAAUGAGUGCUCAACUGGAUUAAUGAUCAAUGACUAUUAUAAGACAAAUCACAAAUUUAAUGACAAUAUAAGAACAUUGUUGGUCGAUACUAUUAUCAAUUAUGUUAUAACUAAGAAAAUAUCCAUGUCUGUUGCCCUCGCUAAUAGUAUUGCUGAUCAAAUUGCUGAUAUAUUUCCAACAGAAGUAAAAGAUUCAUAUUUUUUAAAAUAUGAUACAAACAAAAAUCCAAAGGGUAAGCUGUAUGCUAAAUAUUACAACUCUAUGCGAACUUUGAAAAACAGUGGUCUAAUACCCUCUAGCAAUCAUACAAAACGACCAACCAAUCCAAUUAAUCGCAAACACGAUUUACAUUUUGAACCAGAAAAUGAUGUACAGUAUAUUCUUGAACAAAUUAAACACGAUAAUAAUUGUUCUUUCCCUGACUUAGAAUAUAACUGGAAAGCAACAACACAGUUCCGUUUAAAAAGUAUUCAAACUUCAACCUCUACUCAUGAUAUACUUAACAACUGGAGCAACUAUAAAUUACCUUUAGGAUACAGACUAGUUGACAUAGAUUUUAACACAAUGUAUCCCAGUUGCUCUAAUCUAAUUUCUACAUUUGAAGAAAAAUCAGAAAAAAUCAUAAACUUAUUGGAUGAAAAAAUAAAGGACACUUUAAGCCGACGGUUAUUUGAAAGUUUGAACGAGCCAACUGCAGAUAUAAGCCAAAAUGGGAAGAACACGAUUAUAUUUUAUUUAUUACAUGCAAUCUUUAUACCAACAUCGAUAAAAGUCACAAGGGAUCACACAGGCAAAAAAAAUCAGACAAAAUAUUCAAUCAAAGAUUCACAGAAUAGCUUCAUUGUAUUUAAAAACUCAGUUUGUGAAAUAGAAGAAUACAUUAAUAUCCGUCGUAGCGAAAAAUCUCCAAUACAGCCUUUUAUUAUGGUAGUUGGUACUCCUAUGAACCCACAAGAAAUUAUUGUAUAUUUUGACUCUAUAAAAUAUAAAGUUUUUUCCAUUUUACAUGCCAUAGAUGUAACAUUUAAAUUGUUUCAUCUAUUUAAUUUAGAAUAUCCACCACAGUCAGUUUUAGUUUGGUUGUUUAUUCAAAAAUUUUUUUUUUCCAUCAAUACUAAGUUUGAUGUUCCAUGCCACACUCUUGGACAAAUAAUGUCAGAUUUAAACAAUUAA